CGAGAGUGCUGACCAGUGCGGAUAGACAGCCGUCGAGAGCGGUAGGGAAGAUGGAAGAGUCCACUGUCUGACAUUUGAUUGCCACUUCGAAGUGAUGAAUAACCCCGUGAAUCUGCGCUAUCGGGUUCACGAAGGAUUCUAGCCAUGGUAAUGGUCAGAUUCAUCCGGAGAAUGCCGAGUCUGAGUGCGCGUUACUCCUGUUUUUGAGCUCUCUCCGUUCCUUUCUCUUCUGUCUUCAGCCCUUUCUUAUCAAUUCCUGGUUUUUCCAUCCCCUCUGAGCUCGUGUCUACCUCCGUUACAUGAUUGUCGUUAAUCGUCAACCUCGUUCAUUCUUAGAGCGCUCCCCGCCUAAGAAGCUCGUUCAAGUGCUUCUGGUUCGCCCUUGUGGUGGGUCGCUAGCGCGAGUGUCCUACCUCCGUCGUACUGCUCAAGUAGUUAACGGGGAAGAGGGUAGAAAGACGGGCAGAAAGAGGGGCACAGAGAGAGAGAGAGAGAGAGAGAGAGAGAGAGAGAGAGGGCGAGAGAUCAAAUAGGAUCUGAGUGAGGUCGGCGGUUUGGCUCGGCGUAGUAGUCGGGGGAGGGGAGAAAGUCACCAUGGCGGCCGAGUAUGCAUUGGACCAUAUGUAUUACUGGAUAUACAUCCUGGCCAUCAUCCUGUCGUUCUUUAUGGCAUGGGGAAUCGGUGCCAACGAUGUGGCCAACUCAUUCGGGACAUCCGUGGGGUCGGGUGCCAUCACCUUGAAGCAGGCAGUGGUGAUUGCGUGGGUGUUCGAGUUCUCCGGGGCUUUCUUCAUGGGAGGCCGCGUGGCCGAUACGAUGAAGGGCGGCAUAGUGGACCCGAAGAUCUUUUUGAUCCCGGACGGUAAGUUUGACAAAGACGGCGCGGCGCUGCUCAUGUGGGGCAUGUUCAUCGCGAUCGCGGUUGCCGGCGUGUGGAUCGCCCUCGCCACCUUCUACGGCAUGCCCAUUUCCACCACACACUCCAUCAUCGGCUCCUUCAUUGGCUUCAGCAUGGUGGCCAAGGGAGCGAACUCCGUCUUCUGGUACAAGGAGGACCCGAAGAGCGAUCUGAAGGUCGGGGGAUUCGCUGCCAUCGUCGUGUCAUGGGUGCUGACGCCCCUUAUCGCCGGCAUGGCCUCCGUCAUCCUCUUCACUUUCACGAAGAUAGUCAUUCUCCGGCCGCAGAACUCGGAACGGAGGACGCUGAUCGCUAUGCCSAUCUACUACGGCCUGACCGCCUUCAUCAUUACCUUCUUCAUCGUGUACAAGGGGUCGGCCCGGCUGAAGCUGAGCGACAUCGGGAACGUGAAGGCCACCUGGAUCGCCAUAGUCGUCGCCGUCGGGGUCGCCUCCCUGGCCGCCCUGAUCGGCAUUCCUCUUGCGAAGAAGAGACUGGCAAAUCUGGAGGAUCGCAAGCAGCGCAAGGCGGAGCAGAAGGCGCGCGACAAGGCUCUCAUUGCGAAGGUUGCAGGGGACGGUGCCAAAGAGAGGGACGAGGAGAAGGGUGGGCAGGGAUCGAAAACGCCGGCAAGCAGAGUCGACGACGGCGCACGGCCGUCGAUGACGGCAUGGCAGCGUGUCAAGGCGUGGUACCUGCUGGUGGAGAGCAAGACAAUCUCGCAUGACCUGGAAUUCACCGAGCACACGCUGGAUCUGCACUCMCGCGCCGAGAUGUUCGACGAAAGGUCKGAGGAGCUCUUCAGCUUCCUGCAGGUGCUCACUGCCUGCGCCGCAGCCUUCGCCCACGGCAGCAACGACACGGCCAACGCAAUCGGCCCUCUCUCCGCCGUCCAGAACAUCUACCAGGGAGACGCAGUGAAGUUCGACGCCAAGAAGGGGAAGCUCACGCUCCCCAAGCUGGAGGUGGAAUCGUGGCAGCUGGCCAUGGGGGGUUUCGCACUCGGUCUCGGUUUCGCCGUCUGGGGAUGGAGGAUGGUGCGCAACCUGGGCGGCGCUGUGACGAAGAUGACGCCGUCGCGAGGUUUCACGGCGGAGCUCUGCGCCGCCAUGACCGUGGUGGUUGCCAGCCGCUUCGGUAUGCCGAUCUCCACCACGCAGACGCUGGUCGGCGCGACCGUUGGGGUUGGCGCUUCCGACGACUGGAGGAACGUCGACUGGUGGCUCUUCGGGCAGUUCGUUAUCUCCUGGGUUGUGACCAUCCUCUUUGCGGGCUUCGGUACGGCGGCCGUCUUCGCCUUCACUAUCUUCUCCCCUUCCGUACAAGUGUAAACAGACGUAAGCGCCCCCCUCCCCCCUUCCCCGACCUCCCUGCCCUGUCCGAGAGCGAGCAAGGACACCAGCGCCAGCGUUCGCUGCUUCUUUUUCGCUUUCCUUCAGUUCUGAUAACGACCGACUCUACUCCUGCAUCCUCCAGACGAUUCAAGAGUGGCGUGAAACCUCUUCCACGGUGCGUGUUUCCGGCAUUAUCAUCGACAUCGCCAUUCAUACUGCCACGGUGGAAGAAGCGCAGGUCGUCAAAACUACCGCGAAGGAACCCCCGAGCGGAGGGAGGGAAGUCACCGCGCUGGCGUGUGGUGCGGUUUCUCACGUACUUGCGCCGCCGCACGUUGGGCGAUGGCUCCCCACGGAGUCUUGCGCGACUAUCGGCUUGCUGCGGCUGCUUUCAUCUACGCCCUGGUAAUCCGGCCGCUUCGGCCGGUUCUCCCUCAGCUGUUGUGUAGCGGCUGGGUUUGUUGGGAGGAAGCCUACGUAAGCCUUUGUUCAUCGUAGUAAACUAGAGGAAACGCCCGGAAGCUUCCUGUUUAGGAUUUGCCAGACGCAUUUAUCUGUUAACCGAGUAACAGUUCGACUACCGUUAGUCGAGCAGUCGGGGACGUGACUGGCAGACUGCAGUAGUAUUUGUAAUCGUUCUAGUGCUAGCAGGAAGGAUUUGGAGGUUGAUGAGGCCGACCGAGGAAGCAACAGCAGCAGCAGCAGACGUAGCACCAUCAGAAGUAAUAUAGGAGUAGUUUACUAGUGCUUUACUAGUAAUCUAGUAGUUCGAUAGUAGCUGUAGUAGUAGUGGUGUCGGUAGUAACAGUUCUAGUACUAGUAGUAGUGGUAGUAGUAGUAACGAGCAAUCGGAUGAUGUGGCAGAGGUAGACAACAGUAGUAGUAGUAGUGGUAGACUAACUGGGCUGAGGAGCAGUUAGGGUAGUCGAUAGAAAUAAUCGGAGCGUCCUAGCACCGGUAGUAAUAUUUAUUGAAGAUGACACCGAGGAUGAGGCGAGGAGGAGGAGGAGGAGGAGGAGGAGGAGGAGGUAGAGGUGACGACAUCCGGCGGCGUUUCUUCUCUGCUUUUUAAUUUAUUGUCGAUGCUUGCGCUGCUUCUCUUCUCUCUUGUGUCAGAGGAGGAGGCGGAGGAGGAGGAGGAGGAGGAGGAGGAGCGAAGUCCGAGCUACAGUAUGGACUGGGAGAAUCAUGUUACCGUUACACUUCCAAACCACUUUUAUUCUGUUCAGGGUAUUUGACCGAUCGAACUCUAUUCGUUCGUGCCGUUUCACAGUUUUGGUCACGACGUCUGAGCGUCUUACUCGUAGGGGGGGGGAUGGACAGUAAGAGACCCGGCGUCGGGCAUUGUCAGUCUCUCUGCGACUGUGGUUGCUAGACAGGCGAAGGUAAGGACGAUGAACGAGCCGCACGUUCGCAGAGCCACAACAAUUGUGUGGAUGGGUGCGUAACCCCGAGCAGAAGAAGUAAAGAUGUAUAGAAGACACGUAUGCACAUGCACAUAGACUAUGUAUAUACCUAGACAUGAGUAAGCCAGCAAGAAAGAACCAUUCGCGGGGACACAGAUAUGAGAGAGAGAGAGAGAGAGAGAGAGAGAGAGAGAGAGAGAGAGCGAGAGAGCGAGAGUAUAUACCAAGACAUGACUAAGCCAUCAAAAAAGAAACAGUCGCGGGGACACAGACAUGAGAAUGAGCGAGAGAGAGAGAGAGAGAGAGAGAGAGAGAGAGAGAGAGAGAGAGAGAGAGAGAGAGAGAGAGAGAGAGAGAGAGAAAAAUGCCAGAGGGGAGUGUCUGAGUGAUCGCAACUGCUUGAUUGGCUCGUGGGGGGUGCGCCGCUCCGGUGUUUGCAAUAAUAAGGCGACAAACGACAACAUUGUUUUACAAUCUGUUUCGAAAUUACUGUGGAUAAAUUCCGCAUUAAGUU